AUGGAGAACACCGGGAAACUCAAAGGCCGCACUAUCUUCAUUACGGGAGCGAGCCGAGGAAUCGGAAAAGAGAUCGCCGUCAAAUGCGCCAAGGACGGAGCGAACAUCGUUGUGGCUGCCAAGACUGGCUGUCCUCGCCCGAAGCUCAAGGGGACGAUCCACACAGCCGCGAAAGAAGUCAAAGCUGCCGGAGGACGAUGUCUUCCAAUCGUCAUGGACGUCCGAGACGAGCAAUGCGUCAUGAAGGCUAUCAAUGCCGCUGUCAAACACUUCGGAGGUAUCGACAUUCUCGUGAAUAACGCAUCAGCCAUCAUUCUCACCGCGACGGAAUCGACCGAUAUGAAAAAAUACGACCUGAUGCAUCGAAUCAAUGUGAGAGGGACCUUCCUCACGACGAAGCACUGCAUUCCUCAUCUUCGUGCGUCGAAGUUCGGAGGGAAGAUCCUAAACCACUCACCCCCACUGGUCAUGAGCUCUAGAUGGUUCGCUCCUAACCUAGCGUAUACGAUGACGAAAUUCGGCAUGUCGAUGUGUGCUCUGGGUAUGGCUGAGGAGUUCCGAUCGGAUAACAUAGCUGUGAACACCAUUUGGCCGAAAACCAUGAUCGCCACGGCGGCGACAGAGAUGCUGACAGGGGACAAGAAAAGCUCGAUGGAGCAAUCCCGAUCCCCGGCGAUCAUGGCCGAUGCCGCCUACGGCAUCCUCUGCCGGCCGAAUUCCUUCACUGGGAACUUCUGCAUCGAUGAAGACGUACUCCGCGAAGAAGGAGUUCGAGAUUUCGAUGUGUAUGCAGCCGUCCCGGGAGCGAAACCUCAGCUGGACUUUUUCCUGCCGGAAGAAUACUACGACGACAUCAAGAGCAAGCUAUGA